AUGUACCCGCUCAUGUUCUUCCUAGCGGCCAUUCUCUCGACUGCCGCCGCGGAUCUCUUUUGGGAGUUGGGAUUCAAACCCUCAGGUUUAGUCGGCCUCGACACGACGAAGCGGUGCCGGCUUUGGGUAAAUGAAAUCACGACGAAAAACGCAUGCCCCCUCAUACUGGAGAAAUUCGAGCUCUCGCAGUAUGAAUUCACAUCCUGGAAUCCCGCGGUGAAAGAUGAUUGCAGCGGCUUCGACACCAAUUACUCGUAUUGUGUGAAUGCACCGCCUCCGCCUCCGCCGUCAUCAUCCACAAAAACACAGUCGACACAUAUAUCCACCACGUUGACGACGCCAUCGUCACGCUCAAGCACGCUCGUACCGACCGUGACACAAACCGGCCCGAGUCCGACACAAUCGGGUGUUGCACCAAACUGCGCCGUUGGUAUAAGGUUGAAAAGGGCGAUACGUGCUUUAAACUCGUUGGAAAGUUGA